GGGUCGCGGGGUUUUGGAGGUUGGGCUUGGCUGGCGCUGACUAGGCCUCGAGUUCUCGCCGGGCCUUCGCUAGCUGGGGAGGUGGGCGUCGAGGAGACGCCAGCGCUCGGGAAUGGAAGCCGAGGAGCCCGGCCCCAGACAUUAUACUGCCCUUCAACCAGCAUUUUAUCCUUUUCCAUUCCAUCAAAUGAUGACUGGAGUUCCAAACAUGGAGAUGAUGAAUGAAGAGGAAGCACUUCAGGGGCCUUUGGAAUCAGACUUUGUUCCAGAACCUGUUAAAGCAACUGUUAAAGGAAGAAAGAGAAAAAACAAAACUUCUGAACCCAAGAAACCUGCUGCUAAAGUUGCCAAGUCAAAAGCCAAACAAGAAAAAAUCACAGAUACUUUUAAAGUCAAAAGGAAAGUAGAUCGUUUUAAUGGCGUAUCUGAAGCUGAAUUGUUAACCAAAACUCUUCCUGAUAUACUGACCUUCAAUUUGGAUAUUGUAAUUAUUGGUAUAAAUCCAGGUUUAAUGGCAGCCUACAAAGGCCAUCAUUACCCAGGACCUGGAAACCACUUCUGGAAGUGUCUCUUUUUGUCUGGGUUAAGUGAAGAACAGUUGAAUCAUAUGGAUGACCACACUUUGCCACAUAAAUAUGGUAUUGGGUUUACAAACAUGGUGGAAAGGACAACACCAGGGAGCAAGGACCUUUCCAGCAAAGAGUUUCGGGAAGGAGGACGGAUUCUGGUGCAAAAAUUGCAGAAGUAUCAACCUAAAAUAGCAGUUUUUAAUGGAAAAUGCAUUUAUGACAUUUUCAGCAAAGAGGUUUUUGGCGUAAAGGUUAAAAAGUUGGAAUUUGGACUCCAGCCACAUAAGGUUCCAGACACAGAAACACUUUGCUAUGUUAUGCCCUCAUCCAGUGCAAGAUGUGCUCAGUUUCCUCGUGCACAAGAUAAAGUUCAUUAUUACAUCAAGCUGAAAGACCUAAGGGAUCAGCUGAAGGGUGUUGCGUCAAAUGCAGAGGUCCAGGAAGUGCAGUACACAUUUGACUUGCAGCUAGCACAAGAGGAUGCUAAGAAAAUGGCUGUCAAAGAAGAAAAAUAUGAUCCGGGUUAUGAAGCAGCUUACGGGGGUGCUUAUGGUGAGAAAACAGCUGAGGAUGGUGAACCAUGUAACUUCCCUUCAAAUGGAACAGCAACCAGUGCAGAGUACAGCAGUGGAUCUUCCUUUGGAGAUGUCCCCAAUGGACAGUGGAUGACACAGUCUUUCACAGAUCAGAUUCCAGAUUUCAGGAAUUCUAGACCACAAGAGGAGGAAGGAAGCAAUGCUUAAAGGCUGCCUUUUAAGCCAAGCGUAAAUUCUGCAGGAGUUUUUUUAAAAUGCAAACGUCAAGAAUGGUACCUCAGUUCUCCAACUGAAGCAUUUUUAAAUAGCAUUUUACCUCUUAGUUCUCUCUUAUGAUAACCAUUUGUGUUUGUAGAUUUAGACCUAUGAAUCAGGUCACUUAAAGAAAAUGCUUUUUAAGAGAUGAGGCUUCCCUGUUUCUUUCUCUUUCUUUCUUAUUUUGUAUGAGACUUUUGUAUUUAAAUUGUUCCAUAGUUGCAGUUUUAGAAAACUGACUUCUCAUUGGUGAAAACUUUUGUUUUGUUUUAAAUCUGUAUUUUGUAAUGUAGUUUGUGAACGUACAUUUUUAACCUAUCCCUUCAUGUGUUGGGAUAUUUCAUACGUGUGUUAGUCCAUCUAAGGAGAGGGAAAGCUGCUUGUAGAUCUAACAUUGUUAAUGGAAGUGACAUAGCAAGUUAUUGUCCAGCAAAUCUGUUACACACAGUUGUAGGCCUGCCUCUGGUGUGAAAGAGUCUUGCUUUUAUGGCAGAAAGUAGCAUGCAGGCAUGUAUGUACAUCAUUUGACUACUGCCACUUGAAUGUGUGACCUGCCGCCCUUGAAAAGCAUAAGGGUUGAACCAAAUGAUCACCAGGUCUCUCCUCUGUUACUUUAUGGGGGCCAAGCACCUUCAUCCUGUUGUUGUUGUUGUUGAUUAAUAUCUGCUGCUAUUUCAGCUGGCAUUUCACUCUCUCCAUUUCAUUCAUCCUCAAGUGAUCCCAGUCAAUCAGGGAUUAUAUACUGGAUGUGGUGACAUUACAGUGCUGUGCAGCCGGUCAGAUUUGACUGCUUGCUGAUGUCACUAAGAGCAAGUGGGUUCCCCUUAGUGUAAGGGCACUGCUUCAGAUUCAGAUUUUGAGGAUAAUCUUGGCCCAUAAGGGAUUCUAAAAUCAACAUUUUAACAGCCUUUCACAGUGAUCUCUGAAAAACAACUGAAAGUUGUAGCACUUCUUUCAGUUCUGAGCUAAGAUUAUCCUAGCACAUGCCUUUGUUCAGGCCUCCCUUUACUACUUUUGGCUCAGCCCUAAAAAGCUUUCCUUGUGAGAUAUGGAAAUCCUGCCUCCAGUGUAUUGUCUUUGGUGGCCCAUGAUAAACAUGCAUGUGUGAACAAUUCCUUAGUGUGUGAGAGAAAGUGUGUGUGUAAAGAAGAGAGGUAUGAGGAGACUGUGCACAUGUUUCUGAGAGUUUAAUACCUCGAUCUCAUAGCCACUUAUCUCAGGAAGAUGGAGGGGAAUGCUGUAACCACCACAUUUUGUGUGUUCCCUUCUGCCUGCCCUCUGAAGGUUGAGCUGCUGGUGGGGAAUGGCUUGUAGUGUAGCUCUUGGAAUGGAAAGAUAUAGUGGUGGGGAUUUAGGGCUAGGGAACAUGUGGUCAUCCAGAUGUUUUUGGAAUCCAAAUCCCAUCAGCCCCGCAUUGCAUGUCCAGGAUGACAUGCAAUGGUCCAGGAUGAUUGGAGUUGUAGCCCAACAAUAAAUUGAACAGCACAUGAUCCCCAACCCUGAUUUGUGUUUCAAGAGAACUUUUGGCC